AUGCUUGCCCUUAGACCUGCAACGGGCACCCGCAACGGUCUCUCGAGAACGGUUCUGCCACUAACCUCCGCUCCUCAGCGUUGCAGAGUACACAAUGCCGCUGACAAGUCACCGCAACCUCCCAGAGGGCCUAUGUGGCGCCCGUCAACUGUACUUGAUGACUGGGUGCAGCAAGAAGCGAGACCGAUCAGUUUGCGACAGCUCACCUUCUUCGGGCGAACCUUAACUGAGUCAAGGCUGAUCAGUUCCGCAAACUAUGUACGGACGGAACUGCCAUUGAGGAUAUCGCAUCGGAUCCGCGAUAUGCAAACCCUCCCAUAUGUGGUCCUCACCAACGACAACCUCUCACACGUAUACGAACUAUAUUACAAGGCUUUCGACAAGCUGCGUCGAAUACCGGAAGUGAAGACUGUGGAAGAAAACGAUCGAUUCUGCGAUGUAAUAAAAGGAACGUUGGGAGAGCACCUCUCUGUCAUACCACACCUGGCGAUGGGAGUGCUGGAGAUCCAAGGCUUGAUGAAGCCGGAAGAAACGGACAAGUUCAUGCUGACGUUGUUGAGAUCGAGAAUAUCUCGACGAGUGAUUGCAGAGCAGCAUCUGGCGCUGUCGGAGACGUUCCAUUCGCCCUGGCAUUUUCCUGAUGCGAAGGACGAUGAUCACAGCGCCGAUUUCGUUGGUGAGGUGUUCCUUCGCUGCAAUGCGAAAGAGGUGGUGGAGCAAUGCGCCACCACGACACGGAGCCUGAUGCAGCAAUCGUAUGGCUCUGAAGUCGCCAUCCCCGAAGUAAAAAUCGAGGGUCACACGGACGCGACAUUUCCCUAUAUCCUGAGUCAUCUUCAGUACAUCGUCGGGGAGCUACUCCGCAAUUCCUUCCAAGCGGUGACCGAACAGCGAAAACAUAAAGAAUCUCCGCCGCCGCCGAUCGAAGUGCUGAUAUGCGAUACCGCCCAACAUGUCAUCAUCAGAAUUUCCGACCAGGGCGGCGGUGUUCCUCGCGAGAUCCUUCCGUAUCUGUGGUCCUUCAGCAAGGGUCCGCGACGUCGGAUGCGCUUGGAGAAUUUGAACAAAGUCCCUAAGUUGGCGGCGACACUGCAGGAGCUGCGUGUGGACGGGACAGAUGCUGAGCAAGAACCAACGCCCAAGCCGUUCGAUCGCGAUGCAGCCACCGGUAAACAUCCGAGUUCUCUGAGCACAUUAACCGCAAGGUCUCCGGAUCUGCGGCUGGGGAUCGGUUUGCCCAUGAGCAGGAUAUAUGCUGAAUACUGGGCUGGGAGCUUGGAGCUGCAUAGCCUCGAGGGAUACGGCGUGGAUGCAUUCUUGCAGAUCCCGAAAUUGGGCAACAAGAAUGAGCGAUUGACUACUCGGGCAAGUAUGAAUGCGGUGUAA